AUAUCUAGUAUUCGUACUCAGUUGUUCUCUCCUUCUCUUGAGAAAGUCUUUCCUAAUGAGGCCACUUCGCCAUGGCCAUAUCCAAGUGGUGACGAAGGUCGAGGUCGUCCGCUUUCAAUGGAUGUUUUUACCACCGACAAAAAAUCUAACCGUUUUCUACGAGAAACCUGUGUCUGGGACGAGACUCUUAAUAUUGGGAUGGAUCCUACCAGUGGUCAGUUGCUUCGUAUUGGCCAUUUUGAUGUCAUCCAUACACCAAGUGAUCGCGGAAUGCACAUCUCUUGGACACCUGAUGGUCUCCGAUUAAGCAGAUAUCUCGAUAGCAUGGGGCGCAUUCGAGCUGUUUUGCUAACCUUGGUGAGUAUAUACAAUUUUAUUAUCUCUAGCUCAGAGGAUCCUAUUAUAGUUCAUUUUGCUAUAUUUAAAAAAUUAUAA